CCUCUCCCAUAUUUUGCUCUAAAUUUGAAGAGUACAAGGUUUAAACCCUUUUGUGUAUCAACAAAUCCCAAGGACUUAAUCCCCUGUGUCAAUUUCUUGCGACUCCCAACUUCGCCGAUCAAGAUGAUGAAGCACUCACAUUUCAGCGCCCUAUUCAACACUCUCUACUCCCGCUUCUGUCACGUUUCGCUGUACUCAACGGCGGUGCCCAAAUCUCAUCGGAAGCUCUGGAAAGUCUCGCUGAACACCCUCUACCGUCGGAUCUGCGGGAGCGAAUUUCAGGCCUCCGUUUUACCGAUUCUCGACCGGUGGGUCCAAGAAGGCCAAACUGUAGAUAGAGAUGAGCUCGUCACUAUCAUCAAGGAGCUCAGGUACUACAAAGACUACGGCCGAGCUCUUGAGGUGUCCAUGUGGAUGAGUGACAAAAGGUACGCCGUACUUUUUCCCUCUGACGUAGCCAUCCGGCUCGACUUGAUUGCAAAAGUUCAUGGAAUAGAAGAAGCUGAGAUUUAUUUUAACAACACUCCUAAACAAUUGAAAGUCCUUCAGGUUUACCAUGCUCUCCUCAACUGCUAUGCUCGUGCAAAACAGUUGGAAAAGGCAGAGGCCACCAUGCAGAAGAUGAGGGAUUUGGGGUUCUGUAGGACGUCAUGGUCAUACAAUGAUUUGCUCAAUUUGUAUUAUAAGACUGGAAACCAUGAGAAAUUUGACAGUCUGAUGAGUGAAAUGGAAGAGAAUGGCAUCGGUUUUGACAGAUUCACAUAUGGGAUCAGACUCAGUGCAGCUGCAGCUGCUUCUGAUCUCGAGGGAAUUGACAAGAUUCUGGCAGAAUGGGAAUCCGAUCCUAAGAUUCUUGUGGACUGGACUAAUUAUGCCAUUGCAGCAAAUGGUUAUACAAAAGCAGGAGCUGUGGACAAGGCUUUAGAAAUGCUAAAGAGAUCUGAGGAACAUGUACCAAAUUCUAAAAGACAGAGGCCAGCAUAUGAGCACCUUAUGACACAAUAUGCAGUACUAGGGAAGAAAGACGAUACUUUGAGACUAUGGAAAUGUUACAAGGAGCAGAUGAAAGUAUACAGCAGGGGUUAUAUAUGCGUAAUGACCUCACUCUUGAAUUCUGAUGAUAUUGAGACUGCUGAGAAGAUCUUUGAAGAGUGGGAAUCUGAGCCUGUAAAUUAUGAUAUUCGUAUCCCAAAUACCUUGAUUGGUGCUUAUACCAGGAAUGGUUUUCUUGACAAGGCUGAAGCAAUUCUCAGCAGGAUAAGAUUGAAAGAUGGGAAACCUAAUCAUACGACAUUGAUUUAUUUGGCGAAGGGUUAUCUUGAUCAAGGUCAAAUUGAGAAGGCACUUGAAUUGGCAACAAAAGCAGUUUGUGCUGCGCCACCAGGGUGGAUGCCGAACAAGGAUGUUGUGGUCGCAUGUCUGGAAAAGUUCAAAAUGAAAGCAGAUCUGGAAGGAGCCAAGGAAUUCAUAAAACUCGUUGUGGAUAAGAAUAUGCAGGAGAGAUUGUUGAAUCAUAUCGAAAAUGAGUAUUGAACUGCUGUAGUAGCCCAUUGGAAUGGGAUUGUCCAAAGGUGGAUGAAGAAACAAGUGAAACUUUCAGUGGUGGAAUCUAGGCGGUAGUAGCUUUUAGGAGUUGGGAUCCAAUUAGGAAAACCAUGUGUAUGCGGAUUCCAAAGAACACCUGAAAUUUGGGUAGCAAAUGCAAGUCUAACUUCUAAGACCUGGUAAAAUGUUCAUCAGGGAGAAGCUGAGAUGUUAACAAAAUGUUUCUUGUUUCUGCGAAUGAAGACAUUGCUUUUGUUUCUCUAGUUUGACCAUCAAGUGUGCUACAAACACGAAACCUAUCCAACCCUGAAGAAGCAGAAACAAUAUUUACCAA